UCUGUUGAGAUUUGUCUUUUUCACUCAGUUGAACCCGCUCUAACAAGCUCCUCCCAGGGGAUGUGGUCUCCAGCCUAAUUUUUCAGCCACUUACAGUUUUAGUCAGUUAGCGAAUGACUUGGCAUCAAUCAAGUUCUGCAGUUGGAAUUUGAGCUGAGCUGAGGUGAACAUGAAGUUCUCCGUUAGCAUCUUUCUGCUUAUCUGCUUCACUCUGAUGGGAUUUGGCACAGCAAUUCGCUGUUACAGUUGUAAAGAUUACACUGCCAGUUGCUCCAAACAACGAGACUGUAGCUAUGACGAUGCCUGCCUGACACUCACAGAGAGAGGAGGGAUGACGUUCCGCCAGUGCCUCAAGUAUUCAGACUGCGAGUACAGCCGACUGGGACAGAUGUUCCCACAGGUGUCCAGUUUCACAUUCAAGUGCUGCAACUCGGAUCUGUGUAACUCCGCCCAUUCUUCAGCAGUAAGUUCUCUUAUUGGUGUGCUGGCAUCUGUAGCUGCCACAUGGUGGGUUACCCACUAACUCCACCGGUUUGAUUGAUCCCAGCUUCCCAUCACAUCAUCAAUGACUACAUGGAGCUGAUUAUCAGUUGGACAGGUGUCUCUUUUCUAUAUAAAAAUUCACUGAUGUUUGCAGAGUUUUAAUAUGAUCCCGAUUUAUGUAUUUGAUCUAAAGCUGCAUCAUUAAUGAACACUGACCAAAAAGAAAAAUCAAAAAACAAACAAAAAAACAAGCACUUCAAGAUUUGUCUCAUUGUGAUGAGGACAUAGAUUAGAAACAACUAUUACUACUUGAUGUCAUAAAUUCACUUAAAGGCAGGGGGCGGUUAUAUUUUGGUGAAACCACAUAUAUAUAUAUAUAUAUAUAUAUAUGUAUGUAAUAACUCGGGCUGUAACCGUGCACCAAAAAUCAUGGUUUGGUAUGUACCUUGGUUUCACAGUCAUUGGUUGGUUCCCAUUGGAAUACAGUAAGGGAACAAAAUGCAAAACAAACUGCUAAUAUUUUCUGUAAAUGGACAGAUUUAAUGACAUUUCAAAUGAAACAACAGCUUGAACAUUUUCUUUUUAGGAAUGUGCAACAUAAAUAGUUUGUCUUCAAUUUAGGAAAUGACGCAGACAAGUACAUCUGUAACAAUUUGAACAGUCGGAAUUACUAUGCUGGCUUAUUAGGCUGUUGAAAUGCCGGUGGACGUUGCAUUUGGGCUGCACUACUUAAAAAACAACAUGUGACUAGACAUGACGUCCGCUAGUCAGAAGCUGAGCUGCAUUGUGGUUGUUCACGGCGUGCGUCUAUUACUUGUCCCUUACCUAAUAUGUUAAGUGUGGGAAUAAUCGCUCGAUCAUAUUACAUAACUGCCCCUGCAUUUGGUUCUCAUUUUAAGGCUAGUUUUGAAAAAUUGUGGCACGCUUUCCUGGGCCUUGAGUUUGACACCUGUGCUUAAAUGUAUAUUUAAUGUUCAAAUGUUGUAAUUUUCCUUGUAACUACUGUAAACAAAAUAAAUGCUAUAUGUGAAUAAUU